CCUCGUGUACCAGCAGUGUCUAACAUGGCGGUUAUUUGGCUGUUAUGUAUAGAUCCGUAGGAUACAUUUGUGCUCCGAAACAGUUCAACAUAAAAUAGACGUUGACACUACUCAAACCUCUACCCAUUGUGUGAUGAAGACUGUGGGGGUGCCUUUUCAGCGUUGACACUCCUCCCUCUGCGCCUCUGCGUACGGCUGGGUGUGAAGGGACUACCUCAGCCCCCUUACUCCCCAUACUGGCACACUAUAUUGGGAGAGAGCCAGGGGGCUGGGGGACCUCCUCUACUGGGGGUGGGACAGGUUAGCAACCGCAGCUGACAGCAAGAAGUUUCGCCGCACAGAGCAUGCUGAGUGCCUGCGGUUGCCAUGGAUCUGCAGGAUAAGAAACGGGAGGAGGUUGUUCCUCUGGGGCUGUCCAGCGGUCAGGCCCUGGGGACCCUGAGGGACCAGCUGACCUCCUUACUGGAGCAGCACCAGAAGCACGGGCGACGCCGGCCUGCUCUACAGGAGCUGUGGGCUAAAAGCUUUCUUCACCAUAACAACCGGCACUCCUGUUUUCAUUGGCCCGGAGCUGCUCUCACUCUGCUGGUUGUGCUUGGCCUGCUGUGUUGCCAUGGCAGCCAACCGCAUGGCAGCCAUGGGAUUGAGCUGGUGAAUGCUGGAGCCCUCUUCCUCCUGUUGCUGCUCAAUCUCUUCCUCAUCGAGCGCCAGGAGUGUCUGAAAAAGAGUGAGAUGGUGCGGCGGCUGAAGUCCAUCAUCUCCCAGCUGAACGGCACUCUGGAAGGCUGUGCCGGGGAGCCCCUCAGGUGGUCCCCCUCGCUGUACCCAGACCUGUACACCCCCUCGUCCCCGUCCUGGUCCCUGCACUGGACGUACCGCGACGAGAAGCUGGUCAACCUGCCCGUCAGCCUGCUGGUGGAGGGCGACAUCAUUGCACUAAGGCCGGGACAGGAGUCCUUCGUCUCCCUCCGCGGCAUCAAGGAUGAUGAGCACAUAGUCCUGGAACCUGGGGACCUUUUCCCUCCCUUCUCCCCUCCGCCCUCCCCUCGAGGGAACGAGAAGCGCUCCCCCCAGAGCCCGCAGCAGUUCCGUCUCUUCAGGGUGGUUCGAACCCCUGUGCUCGACUCCAUUAGGAACAGCCUGGAUCUGGCACUGUCCCGUCCUAUCACUGCGCUGGACAACGAGAGGUUCACGGUGCAGUCAGUCAUGGCCAAAUUCGCCUGCCCUGCCGUGCUGGUGGCGUUCUUCACUACCAAUGCACUGCGUUUCUUCUUGGAUGCCCCUAGCCUCACACCCGGCAGCUUCAACUUCAUUCAGCUCCAGAUGAUGGGAGUCGUCCCCAUCCUGCCCCUGCUCUUUCCCGUGAUGUGGGUGCUGGCCAACGCCUACGGAGAGGCCCGAGUCCUGGCCGAAUCCAGCCGCACCUCCCCCACGGGCCUGCUCGCUAAGUUCUCUGAGGAUACUCUAAGCAGCUACACGGAAGUGGUGUCUUCUCAGGAGAUGCUGCGCUGUGUUUGGAGACAGUUUGUCAGCGUUCUGCGAGGAGAGUCGCAGACGCUGUGCUACACGUCCAGCCUGCUCCACACCCUGGGCUCCGUCACUGUGCUGUGCUGUGUGGACAAGCAGGGUGUGCUCUCCUGGCCGAACCCCAGUCCCGAGACCGUGCUGUUCUUCAGCGGGCGUGUGGAGAUGCCCCACGACAGCCAGGACGACCUGCGGGACGACCUCUCCAUGGGCUCCUUCUGCCGCAUGGAGGGGGACGAGGACAGAGAUGAGGUGCCGGAAGUGGAAGCUCUGUUGUCCAUGCCUGCGAUGGAGUCAUCCGUUCUCACUGGGCACGAGCAGGAGCCCAGCGAGACCUCCCACGACACGGCCCGCUCAGGCGAAGCCCUGCGCCCCCGCCGGCCUGCCCCCGCCCCCCGCACCAAGCACCCCUCAGGCUCCAACGUCAGCUUCAGCCAUGACACCGAGGGGGGCGAGGACGACCCCUUGCAGCCUUGUGGGAUGGAGGGUGGUUGCUGUGAGGCGGAGGACUUUGUGUGCGACUACCACCUGGAGAUGCUGAGCCUGUCCCAGGACCAGCAGAACCCGGUCAGCAUCCAGUUUGACGACUCGGGCUGGCAGGGGCACCUGCCUUCCCUCAAGCCCCUGGGCCUGAACAUCCUGCUGAACCUGUGCAACGCCGACGUGACACAGCAGCUGUGCCGCUUCUCCGACCACCUGUCCAACCUGGCGCUGCAGGAGAGCCACGGGGCCGUGUUGCCCGUCCACGUGCCCUGGGGGCUCUGCGAGCUGUCCCGGCUGAUCGGCUUUACUCCUGGGGCGCGAGAGCUCUUCAACCAGGAGAACCACCUUACGCUGUACCAGUUGCCGUCGGGCGAGAAGUCCAAGGAGUCUGUCCCGCGCCGCCCACAAAACUUCACCAAACGGCAGCCUCCCAUCAGCCACCUCAUCAGCCUGCUUGUGCGCGACAGCACCACCAACAAUGUACAGAUGCUCUCCCACGGCUCUGCUGACCUCUUACUGGAAGCCUGCACUGACUUCUGGGAUGGUGCCGAUAUCUACCCACUAUCCGGCUCUGACAGGAAGAAGGUUCUGGACUUCUACCAGCGAGCCUGUUUGUCAGGGUACUGCUCUGCCUUCGCCUACAAGCCGAUGCAAGUCUCGCUGUCGCCACAGCUGAACGGGAAGUGCGUGGAGUUGGCCGCCGGCCCCACCCUCUUUUCCGGUGUGGAGCUGCCCAGCACCACACCCAUCAAGCACAGCAGCAGGAGGAACAGCUGGAGCUCAGACGAGGGCAUCGGGGAGGUGAUGGAGAAGGAGGACUGUGUCCAGGCCCUGAGCGGCCAGAUCUUCAUGGGCAUGGUGUCCUCGCAGUUCCAGGCCCGCCUGGACACGGUGAGGCUGAUCGACGCCCUAGUCAACGCCUGCAUCCGCUUCGUCUACUUCUCCAUGGAGGACGAGCUUCGCAGCAAGGUGUUUGCGGAAAAGAUGGGCUUGGAGACGGGGUGGAACUGCCACAUCUCUCUGACGCCCAACGGCGACAGUCACUGCGACGGCGCCCCCUCCAGCCCCAGCCAUGCUGGCUCCCUGCACGAUGACCUGCACCAGGACUCUCGGGACGAGGCAGAGGGGCCCCUGCUGCUGGAGGAGGAGGGUCACUCGGACCUCGCCAGCUUCCAGCCCACGGACAGCGACGUGCCCAGCUUCCUGGAGGACUGCAACCGGGCCAAACUGCCUCGUGGGAUCCACCAGGUGCGCCCCCACCUGAAGAACAUCGACAAUGUGCCUCUGCUGGUGCCCCUCUUCACCGACUGUACCCCUGAGACCAUGUGUGAGAUGAUGAAAAUCAUGCAGGAGAACAGGGAGGUGACCUGCUGCCUGGGGAGCUCAGCCAACUUCCGCAACAGCUGCCUCUUCCUGCAGAGUGACCUCAGCAUCGCGCUGGACCCUCUGUACCCGUCACGGUGCUCCUGGGAGACGUUUGGCUACGCCACGAACAGCGGGAUGAACGGCGAUGAGGAGGGUCUGUCGCCGCUAGGACUCUCUGGCCAGCUCAACAGCCUUGCCUGUUCCGUCACCUUCCACCAGGGGGAGAGCGUGAGCAUGGUCAAGCUCAUCGAGCAGGCGCGGCAUACCACUUACGGCAUCCGAAAGUGCUUCCUCUUCCUGCUGCAGUGUCAGCUGACACUUGUCAUCAUUCAGUUUGUGGCGUGUCUGGCUCAGCUGCCUCCUCCCAUGAACAUCACUGAUAUCCUGUGGCUCUCCUGCUUCUGCUACCCACUGCUCAGCGUGUCCUUCCUGGGGAAGCCUCCGGACAGCUCUGUGAUGUCUGUCGCAACGGGCAAGAACCUGGAUGCCAUCCCCAGAAAAACCCAGCAGUACUUCCUGGGAUGCUUCCUGCUGAAGUUCAGUCUGACAAUGUGUGCGUACCUGCUGGGGUUUGGCUUCACGCUGCAUAAGGUCUGCUCCCUGGCUGCCAGCAGCGCCCUCGUCAGGCCUGACAACAGCAACUUCACCUGUGCCCACAUCCUCACCGUCAGCUCGGAUCCCGGUGCCCCACAGUGGUUUAGUGACCUCGCAAAUGGCCUGCUGCUCUCUCAGAAGGUGAUGGCGGGAUUCCUGGCACUCCACACAGUGGUGAUCUCUCUCAGCUAUGUGCAUCGCUCCCAGCCAUUUUGGAGAAAGAGCCCCUUCAGUAACACCUGGUGGUGCCUGACAGUGCCUGUGGUGUUGCUGGGACAGGUGGUACAGGCAACUGUAGACUUUCAACUGUGGCAAGAUAGAAGCGGUAACAAUGUACCAUUUGGCCUGAGCGACAUCCCUAUGCUGGUGUGGCUGCUGGUGUCACUUUCACCAUUACUGGUGGUAUUGGUCAACGAGGCUGUUAAACUGCAUGAAAUCAGGGUGCGAGUGCGUUACCAGAAGAGGCAGAAGUUACAGUUUGAGACCAAACUGGGCAUGAACUCCCCGUUCUGAGGAGCCCCUGUUUGGGGCUGGAGAUCACUAUGUGACUCAGUCUACUCCACCCUGGACAGACUCCUCUCAACACAGGCCUCCCACUUCUUGGUGACACUGCCAGCAGACAUAUUGAAGAAGGUGGAGUAACAACAGCAUGGAUGGUUGUAUCUGUGGUAGUGUUGUUUUUAAAAUAUCACUAUAUCUGUUCAUGCCUUUCAUUUUGAAAGAAACACAAAUCAUUCAUCAAUUUGUUGAAGAUACAACCAGAACAUGGAAACUAUCCAUUUCAAGAUGUUUUAUUUUUAAGGCAUGGAGAAUGUUCACCUACAUACUGCCUGAAUCUGUUGCCUGGAGCUUGAGCCUAAAGCACUCCGAGUGCAUUCUCCCCUGACCCUGUUGUAUUCAGGUAGAGUGAGACAGACUUGUAUUCAUAGUCCACCCUUUGACUGUUCACAAACCAAAGUUCAGCCAAUUUGACACCCAUGUUUUUUUUUUGCUGUGUGCAAUAUUACUGUUCCUGAAUCAAUGAAGCAGUUCAUUUUGGGGGAUGGCUUGUUGGUUGUUCUGUAUGCACUGGUGGGAUUCAUGACAUUAGGUAGAAAUAAAUAUGUGUAAAGUGUUUGUAUCAAGUUGGGCCAGUCUAGUAUUGGAGAAAAUUCUUGUACAAGCAGAAAUUGCUUUGACUGUAAUGGAAUGCUAGAAUUGCCCAUGGAUCUGGAAGCCCUGCAUCAGUUACACCUACUGCUCUCCAUGUGGCAGUUGGUAGCAUCACUUGGUGUGGUUUGGAAUUCCUUUUUUUAAGACGCUUCAAAGUCCCAUUGGUUGAUUUAUUUUAGAAAAAGAAUAAUAACCCAGGGAGAGUUUUUCUUUGGACAUGCCAAUAAUUUAUCAGCCAGCCCAUUUAGGGCAAUCUUCUACUGUGUGCUAUAUUUUGCAGGGGUUUAAAUUUAAGAUAAUGCCUUUUAAAAAGAGGAAGCAUAAAACGAUGUCCGAGACCCAGUUUGGUCAAUACCAUUUAUUAUAGCCAUGUAAACUAUUGAUGGUUUUUCAAAAUAACAACCAAAUGUGUCCUUUGGAAAGGUUCAAGAAAUUGUAGAAAUGACCAGAUGAAGGCAACGUCUUUAUGGCAGGGAUGGUGUGCCCUGCACAUGUGCAAAAUGAAGUGAAGAUAGAAAAAUGAAUAGAAUAGGGAAAUAUACUUUGAAAAAUAUAGACAUUUUUAUUUAUUUAAAGAUGGAAAUAUCUGAAGAAUGUUCUACUUUCACUCUCAACCAUGUGCAUACAGUAGAAAUGCCAUUUUUUCUGGUUCUGUUCAUGUGGUUCCACUUGAGUUGAGCUCAUUUGUGUACUGUAGUGAAUCAGUUUGCUGCUGCAUGCCUAUUUUCAGAAGUACUGUACAGCCAGGGCCUGAUAAAAAUGACUCAAGACCUCAAAGGUCUUGACCUUGUGCAGAUGAACUGAACGUGCUUUAUUUGCCUGUUGCUUUCCAUGCUGAGAACUUCCAUUAACAAGCCCAUGAAAACCAUUGCAAGCAGACUGCACUGAAAGGGGCAAGGUUUUCUCACAUUCUGAAUUAAGCAACUGCCAAGUUCUCCAGCUGAUGUCAUUGAGAAGUCUUCUGCAGGUGGCUAUUUAAGUUUACACCUCUGGAAAUGCUGUCCUCUGGGCAUUGAUGGGGAAAAGGCAUAUUUUGUCAUCGUUUCCAACUGUCUGAAUAUUGUCCUUCCAGAAGAUAUCUCCGGAAGUCUCUUGUCGUCAAGUACAUCUUGCAGUUGUUAUACUUCAGAGUUCAAGCCCAUAUGGAAACUCACAAAUGAUGCACUAGAUUCAACAAUUUUACAGCAUGAUCUGCAUGUUCAUAUAAGCACUGAAGGGUAUGUUUGAUCAUUGUAUCAUGCCCCUAGGGUUGACUGCAUACAAACAUAUCCAAUCAAAGGGAUUCAGUGCCUUGGCAUGGCUGUGGUGUUACAGUAUGUCCCUUAAGAAACCCUAUGUUCUGAAAGGUUCUGGCUGGUGGCUACUCAUGUUGGCGGUGUUACUCUGCUGAACGGUGCCUGCUUUUUCCUUAGGCUGGCCUCCUUUUCCCUUGACCCAGCCACAACAGCACAGUCUGGCUCCAUUCUUCCGUGUAUGUGCAAUUGUCUCCUGGUCCCAGUUGAACAUUCCUUUUGCCCUCAUGGCAACUGGAGAGCUGGCCUUUUUCAUCAGGUGAAGGAGCGGUGCAGUGUGUCAAGUUGUGCAUAUUGUAUCAAAGGCACCAACAGAUGUAAAGCACGGCUCUCUGCACUAUGAAUGGGGCAUUAAAAGGAUUUUUAGAAAUUUGAGCUCAGUUCUUGGCUCUACAUCGCCUCUCGCAAUAUGGUACCCUUGAACCAAGUCUUUGGUCACACCACAAAUCCAGAAUCUAUAUCCACUCAGUGAGCGUUUAUUAGGUAUUUUUUAGACUUAUACUGGUCUUCUGCUGCUGUAGCCUAUCUACUUAGAGGUUUGACACGUUGUGUGUCAGAGAUGCUCUUCUGCAUACCAUUGUUGCAAUGUGUCAUUAUUUGUGUUACUGUCACCUUCCUGUUAGUUUCCACCAGUCUGGCCCUUCUCCUCUGACCUCUCUCAUUAACAAUUCGUUUUUGCCCUCAGAACUGCUGCUCAUCUGAUGUUUUCUUGUUUUUUGCACCAUUCCCUGCAAACUAGAGUCUGUUGUGUGUGAAAAUCCCAGGAGAUCAUCAGUUUCUGAGAUACUCUAACCACCCUGUCUGGCACCAACAAACAUUACAUGGCCAAAGUCACUUAGAUUUCUUCCCCAUUCUGACAAUUGGUCUGAAAAACAGCUGAUCGUCUUGACCAUGUCUGCAUGCUUUUAUGCAUUUAGUUAUGGCCACAUGAUUGGCUGAUUAAAUAAACCUAAUAAAGUGGUCACUGAGUGUAUAAUCCAUGCAGAGACCAGUUAAUACCUCCUUGCUAUUCUUCUGCAGUUUACCAUAUAUAUGCAGUAAAAAUGUGAGGACCUUCUGUUAGUGGUUUAUGGGUGACCUUCAUGCUUUUCUAUGCUUUUUUCAAGUCCUAUAUGAGCAAUUUGUCUUGGUGCAUUCAUGCUUUUUAAGUGGAUUUUUCUUCAAUUUCACUAUGACAUGUUAAGCUACACAGAAUUAAAUCUGCUGUCAUUGUACAGUUAAUGGGAGUGCAUGGCUGUGACAUUGAUCUUCUAAGGCUUUGUAACUUGGAAGGUGUGGGAAAAUAGUUAUGAUGGAAACUAUUCAAUGGUCUGAAGAGCUCCAGUAUUUUGAGGAAACAGUGGAAACCCCGCCUUAAUUACUUGUGUACACAGUACCAGGAAGGGCCACUUCUCAAUUUACACUAGACAGUGUAAACUGGGCUACUCAUCAAAGUCAGUUGGACACCUGUAGUGUGACAAUCGUCACUCGAUGGGAUUGGCAAUAAAAGCAAAUUGUUUACAAUUUAAAUGUGACUGGGGCCAGUGGGAACAGUGUAGCUGUCUGUUGAAGUCUGAUGUUGCCCAGCUUGAUAUGGAUUGCAGGGUUUAAAGUGAGUACACAGAAAUGAAAAAGUACGAACACACAAUGUACUGUAAACGGCAAAAAAGGCACAUUGAGCAACUAAUUUACUUUAUUUUAUCAGAUGAACAGCAUUUUUAGCACUGUUUUUAUCAACUGCAUGUGAAAAUAUGAUGCACACAAAAUAAUAUGCGCUGUCUUCACCUUAUCAUUUUACUGUACGUUUAUUUAUGUCCCUUCGUUUUUGAGCAUGCACUGCUAGCUCAAUCAAGCAACGACGGAUAUUGGUGUUCUUGUUAUUUUUUACAUCGCUGACAGACACCUUUCCGCCACAUUCCCUACACCUUGCAGAUCCACUAGAGCAAGGCUGUAUGUUUCUGUGCAUUUACCAACGGGCACAGGAAAUGAACCUGCAUUGAUUGACUGGAUUAGAGAUGGACUAGUUUUGUGGUUGUUAUUGACAGAUUUAUAAAAGGUGUAUAUUUUGUAUUUUUUCAAACAAUUCUAUGUAAAAUUAUUUCUGAUUUUUAAAAUGAUUUGUCAAGCAAUUAUGUCAUGUUAAUAAAUAUUGUCUUUUUAAAAAUA